AUGGUAGCGUUCAAACUAGGAAGCAAUAAUAGACUCCUAACGGUAUUAUAUGUUAUACUCUUAGUAUUGAUUUUUGUCGCUUAUGACGGAGAGACGAGCAACGUAGCUUAUUUUGAAGCAUUCAAGCCAGUCGGGAAAAAUGCGAAGAAGGUUGCGAUUAUCGGCGCCGGCAUAGGCGGCGCCUCGACGGCCUACUAUCUCUCUAAAGCCUUCGCGAAUUCUUCUGUUCAUUUACAAACGACUAUUUAUGAGCGAUCUUUUCACAUCGGCGGACGAUGCAGGGCGCUGGAAAUCCCUUACGGGAAUCGGACAUACAUUGUAGAAAUGGGAGCAUCUAUUUUUGUAGAUGUCAAUUAUCACAUGAUGAAUGCGACGAAAGAAUUUGGAUUCAAAUUUAAGAAACCUCCGGCAGAUAUGAGGGUUGGUAUAUGGGAUGGAGAACAAUUCGUAUUUGAAGAAUCGAAGUGGUAUUACUUGAAUGUAUUAAAGGUUCUUUGGAAGUAUGGGCUAGCACCACUGAGAGUAAAAACCAUGACCAGAGACAAGGUCAACCGAUUUUUAUCUGUGUACAAUCUUCCAUCACCAUUCACAGAUAUGCUCCUGCUCUCGUCCGCACUUGGACUAGAAAGCGAACCUCAACAUACCGCCGAACACUAUCUCAAAAACCUUAACAACGUUUAUCAUCCGUAUCUGUCUCAUUUUGUUGAACCGGCAACGCGAGUAAAUUAUGCAUCGAAUCUAGAUGAUAUCCAUGCUCUCGGUGGGUUCAUUUCGUUGGCGCCGGAGGGUGCAAAAGGGAUUGAGGGAGGCAAUUACCAGGUGAUGGUUGAAUUUGUAAACAGAUCGGGUGCGACGGUGAAAUUAGGAAAUGCUGUGAAGAGUGUAAAAAAGAUUGACGAAAGGGGGGAAACAAAAUAUGAAGUUGUGGGAAGUGACGAGAAGGCCGAAGUGUUCGAUGCUGUUGUCUUGGCAGCUCCGAUUCAAUUUACAAACAUACAUUUCGAAAACAUUAACGUCGACUUUCCAGAAAUUCCUUAUCGGACAUUGCAUGUUACAUUCGUAAUUGGUCAAUUAAGCUCAAAGUACUUCAAACAUUCCUCUCAUGAAUCCCUUCCUGAGUACAUCUUAACAACAAGGACCAGCACAAAAUUCAACUCGAUUGGCACGUCUCAUAUACUUCCUGAUGGUAAUUCUAUCAUAAAGAUAUUUUCCGAGAAAGAGUUGAUGGACGGAGAUCUGGAUGAGUUGUUCGAACGAUGGUCAUGGGUUCAUAAAAAGGUGUGGAAGGCAUAUCCACAACUGUUGCCAAAUCAGACCUAUCCGCCUGUGAAGAUUGAAGAUGGGUUUUAUUAUGUUAACAGCUUUGAGCCCUUUAUUUCGACUAUGGAAACAGAGGCCGUCUCCGGGAGCAAUAUUGCUCGCUUGAUUCACAAACGAUGGGCGAAGGUUGACAUCAAAGCCAAAUUAUAG